AUGCAGCGACAACAGCAGCAUCACGAACAGCACGCAGAUUCCGUACCAGGGGUUUCCAUCUUGCGUCCUCUCAGUGGCCUCGACAGCAACCUCUUCUCCAAUCUAUCCUCGUCGUUUAUGCAGGACUAUCCGAACUCGCGCUUCGAGGUUAUUCUCUCCAUCCGCGACAGUACAUCUACCGAGUCGCAAAAGGUACUCAACGUCGCUCGCAUGGUGGUGGCAGCCCAUCCCCAUAUCGACGCCCGCAUCAUUGUCGGUGAUCACUUUGCAGGCGUAAAUCCAAAGAUCAACAACCUCGUUCGCUCUUACGCUGCUUCCAAGUACGACAUCCUCUGGAUCGUCGACAGUCAGGUCUGGUCUCCCUCGGGCGCACUGGCGCGCGCUGUCGACGAUCUCUGCGCCGAUCCUCACAGCCGUCCUCGUCCUUCGCCAUCAUGGCUUUCACGAAAUACCCACGGCGAUCGCGUCGGCCUCGUUCAUCACGUUCCAUUUGCCGUGCUGCCUAGCACAUCUUGGGGCUCGAGGAUCGAACGCGUCUUUCUGUCUACCACCCACGCCAAGAUGUACCUUGCUCUCAACGCCCUCUCGAUCGAUUCCUGCGUCAUGGGCAAGAGCAACAUGUACCGCAAAUCCGAUCUCGCCUGCGUUCCCGAUUCGUAUUUCAACGUCUCUCAGAACGGCAGCCAGGGCGAAGAGGGCGCUAUCGGCAGCUUUGCAUUCUCGCACAACUCUCAAGACUCGCAGUUCUCCAGAAUCAGCAGAUCAGCCUCACCGUCAGAUCAAGGCGUGCCUCCCAGCUCGAAUCACCUCGAGCUGUCCAACGAACAGGUCAAGGAUCUCUCGCGUCCCUUUGCGCGUUUCUCGAUCUACUUGGCAGAGGAUAAUAUGCUGGCUCAGUCGCUCUGGAAUCCACCGCUCAAUCUGUCGCAUACCUUGUCCUCCUCCGACCUCGCCUAUACAUCGGUUGGCGACAUUCGCACUCUGGCCGACUACACACGUCGUCGCAUGCGAUGGAUCCGUGUGCGUAAAUAUAUGUGGCUCGCGCCGACUUUGCUCGAGCCCUUGACCGAAUCCAUCAUUUCUGGUCUCGUCGGCUGGUUUGCCAUUUCCACGCUCUUGCUCCCAAGCGUUUUGGGUGUGUCGAGGCCUUUGCCCGUAUGGAGUCAUUUGCUCUUCUUCUGCGUUCAUUUUGGUGCUUGGUUCCUGGUCGACUACACCGUCUUCCAGCGUCUCUCGGUGGCGCACGAGUUUCUCGCAUGCAAUCCGGGCGUAGACAAUGCCGACACGAUGAGUGUCGUCGAGUUCGCGGCUGCAUGGGCCAUGCGCGAAGCUCUUGCGCUUCCCAUUUGGGCGUGGGCCAUCAAGGGCAGCACCGUCUCGUGGCGCGACCGAACCUAUCGCAUCCUCAAAGGCGGACGCGCUGCUGUCGUCGCCUCGCCGUCGUCCGGCGCGUCCAAAUCGAGGUCGAGACGGUCUCAGGCCAGCUCUCCGCACAGCGAGGAUCUCGAUCCACUUCUGCAUUCAGGCCGUUGA